AUGAAACACAUUCUACUCUCUACACUCUUCGCAAGUCUUGCGUGGGCAUGGCCACGACAGCCGGAUACUAGUACUGCUGUCAAUACCACAACAUGCAAUGGGCAAACUUACGUUUACGAGACCCUUGCAGGGUACGGCUUCACACCUUCUAAUUCCCGUGACAAGUUCGGCGACACCGCCGGCGGCAUUGGCAGCAGCGCGGCAUUGGACACGAAGUCGUGGCAAAAGGACAAGUCCGGUGUCUACACCGGUAUCUUGUGGGCUCUUCCCGAUCGCGGUUGGAACACUGAAGGCACCUUGAACUUCCAACCCAGGGUGCACAAGUUCCAGAUCACAUUCAAACCAGACUACACCUCAACUGCAAAGAAUCCCAGCUCGCCAAACCUCCAACUGCAACUGCUCGACACAAUCCGCUUUACAGACCCGUCCGGUGAGCCUUUGACUGGCCUGGAUCCAGACGGUCAUGGUCCCUACAUCACGUUUCCCGGAUUCCCAGACCUUCCCUCGGCCACCUACAAAGGAGAUGGCUUCGGAGGUAAUGGCAACGGAGGAAGACGAGUAUCUUUGGAUGCCGAAGGACUUGUCCUCAACGCUGAUGGAUCAUUCUGGAUCUCCGACGAAUAUGGGCCAUACAUUUACCAUUUCUCCCCCGAGGGCCGUAUGCUCUCUGCGAUCCAACCACCGGCAGCCAUUGUGCCGAGACGUAACGGCACCGAGUCGUUCUCGGCGGCCAGUGCUCCCAGAUACGACCCAGACCUGGAAGUGCUGCCCGAGGACAACCCGACUGGCCGGGCCAACAACCAAGGGUUUGAAGGGCUGACCGCGUCGCCGGACGGCAAAACUCUGUACGCACUGAUGCAAUCGGCUCUGGACCAAGAAGGCGGCAAAAACUCGAGCACGCGCGUCUACACUCGACUUUUGGAGUAUGACGUGUCAGACCCGUGGAAGCCCGUGUACAAGGCCGAGUAUGUCCUUGCACUGCCCAAAGAUCCCGCCGGUCGAGUCGCAGCUCAAUCCGAGAUUCACUACAUCAGCCCGACUCAGUUCCUCGUCCUUGCCCGGGACUCAAACCGCGGACAUGGUCAGGACAAGAGUGAUUCACGGUACCGGCACAUUGAUGUGUACGACGUCUCCAAGGCCACUGACAUCCACGGCCCGACCUACGACUGCGCCGACUGUGCCGUGGCCACCGUCAAGGGCGUUUUGAACCCGGCCGUCACCACGGCCACCUACUGCUCCUGGCUAGACUUUAACGUCAACUCCCAGCUCAACCGGUUCGGCCUACACAAUGGCGGAGCCCAGGAUGCGGGACUGUUGAACGAGAAGUGGGAAAGUAUUGCUCUGGUCCCCGUCAACCCGGAUGCUCUGGAAUGCAAGAGCGGCUUCUUCAAGGCCGACGGCGAGUAUUUCCUGUUUAGUCUCAGUGACAACGACUUCAUCACUCAGAACGGCUUCAUGAAUGGUGGUCUGCUUCCUUAUGCUGACGAGAGUGGCUAUAGCUUGGACAACCAGGUCUUGGUGUUUAAGGUCAAGCUGCCUGUUUCUUGA